CAUAAAUGUAAAGGAAGAAGAACAGGCGCUGGAGCUGCAUGUGCGGGUCCACGUGUGUAGUGAUCAGAAUAAACCGAAUCAGAGACAGUAGAAAUAUCAGAAUUAAUCCGGAUCAGAAGCGGAUCCGGGCUGUAGAGCAGCAUGUCUGAUUUCUUUAUAAAGAAGAGAUCCGGGCCCGCGGCUCCGGGGAGAGGAGAGAAGAGCGCGGGGCUUAGGAGGAAGGGUGAUGCUGAUGGAGGUAAAGGAGGACGAAAAAAACUCAGCAAGCGAAUGAAUGAGGAAAUAUCCAGUGACUCAGAAAAUGAAAAUGAUGAAGGAGCUCAUAAAAAACAGAAAGGAAAUGUGGAGGACGAGGAGAUCGAUGAGACGCCGCAGGAGAAAAAGCUGCGUCUGGCGAAACUAUACCUGGAUCAGCUGCGAGAAGAAGAGGAGAAGAAGGCGGAGGACGAGGAGUUUGAGUCAGACCUGAUUGCUGGACGGUUGCACGAGGAUGUGCUGGAGCAGAGAGGCAAACUGCAGAGGCUGAUAGCUGAUGAGCUCGUAGCCCCAGACCCUGCAGAAAUCCGGUUAUUGAGAGGACACCAACUUCCCGUCACGUGUCUGGUCAUCACCCCGGAUGAGAAGUACAUCUUCUCUGGAUCUAAAGACUGCUCCAUUAUUAAGUGGGAGGUGGAGAGUGGGAAGAAGGUGCAGAAGAUACCUGGAGGAAGGAAAGGAACAGAGAAAAAACACGUUGGACACACAGGACACAUCCUCUGCAUGGCCAUCUCUUCAGACGGCAAAUAUCUGGCAACUGGAGACAUGAACAAGCUGAUCAUGAUUUGGGAAGCAGCUACAUGUAAACAUCUCUACAAGUUCACAGGACACAGAGACGCUGUAUCGGGUUUGGCCUUCAGGAGAGGAACACAUGACCUGUACAGCGCCUCCCACGACCGCUCCAUCAAAGUGUGGAACGUGAAUGAGAAUGCUUACGUGGAAAGUCUGUUUGGUCACCAGGAUACGAUCACAGCUCUGGACUGCCUGGGCCGGGAGCGCUGUGUGACGGCCGGUGGGCGGGAUCGAACGGUCCGAGUGUGGAAAAUAGCCGAGGAGUCGCAGCUCGUCUUCCACGGGCACGAGGGCUCCAUCGAUUGCAUUCAGCUCAUAAAUGAAGAACACAUGGUGUCAGGUGGUGACGACGGGUGUGUGUGUGUUUGGGCCGUGCACAAAAAGAAGCCAUUGAGCACGGUGAAGCAGGCCCACGGUCUCCGUGGCAACCCGGGGCUGGAGAUGCCCAACUGGGUAUCGUCGGUGGCAGCCCUGAACAACUCCGACACCGUGGCCUCAGGUGCCUCAGGCUCCCAGAAUUCUGCAGUGCAGCUGUGGAAGUGUGGACAGGGCUACCGAAGCCUGGAACCUCUGUUUAGCAUCCCAUUGACUGGUUUUGUGAAUAGUUUGAAAUUCUCCAGUUCAGGAAAGUUCCUGGUGGCUGGUGUUGGACAGGAGCACAGGCUGGGUCGGUGGUGGAGAAUAAAGGAAGCUAAGAAUGGACUCUACAUCAUUCCUCUCAAAAGAAAGAACAAAGAGCAGAUGGUGGACAACAGUAAAACACAAACUGAGGAGCGUCCAGAGGACUGAACCAUUGUUCUGUUAUGAUUUGGAUACAUUUUUCUCUUUAUUUUGUCUUUUUUCAUUUUGUGCCAUUAUAUCAAUUUAUGAAAAGAGGUUUAAGAUAAAAUUUUGUUUAAUCUU